CGGUAAAGAAAGGUGCUGUAUGUGAAAUCGCACGUGCAACCGCUGUAUGCGAUCAAUUUUCAGGUCGUAAAUAGGAAUUUCUGGUUUUGAGUGGAAAAUCGUUAGUUCUUCCCCAAACCUUCUGUUUUGAUUUCAUGUCGCCGUAUCUCCGUACGCGUCUCCUAAACUCAUAGAAAAGGAGGUACCAUCGCCAUACAAUGCCCGAGAAAUUCAUCUUCUUUUUAGGGUUUCUCUCAGCCAUAGUCUCACUUUCUUCCCAAGAAUCAUCAACAUGCCUAACAGUAUACAAGGAAGGUGGGGCCCCCGCCGUCUUCCAAUCCCCAAAAUGCCCUCGCUGGACUCUCUCUACUGACGGUCUGCGCCGUCGGGCAACGAAUUGCCAGUCGGCCGUGCUUCAGGGCAGAAGGAAUCAUCAGGAGGAUCGUACCCUCUGCGUUCUCGAUAUGCGGAUUCCAUUCCCCAGUAGAAUGGGUGUUAAGGAGGUCAGUGUCGGUAUUGUGGCAGUUUUUGAUGGUCAUAAUGGCGCUGAAGCUAGUGAGAUGGCAUCAAAACUUCUGUUCGAGUAUUUUCUCCUGCACAUAUAUUUUCUUCUUGAUGGGAUAUACUCUGUUGCAUUGAAGAAAUCAGCCGAUAGAUUGCCAUAUAGGGUACAACAAGAUGUGUUUUUUCAUGUGUUCAAUCAAUACAAGGAGAGUGGUCAACAUAAUCCGGAUCCUGAAAGGUUCAAGUUGACAUUGCCCAGGAUUUUUGAUGGGUCGUUUCACAUGGAAAUCUUAAAGGAAUCAUUGUUGAGAACAAUCCGUGAUAUUGAUGCAACGUUUUCUAAGGAAGCUUACAAAUAUAACCUUGAAUCAGGUUCUACAGCCACCAUUGUUCUGAUAGCUGAUGAUCAAAUUUUAGUUGCCAAUAUUGGAGAUUCAAAAGCUCUUUUGUGCUCAAAAUGUUUUCGCUCCCCUCAUGAACUUAAAGGUACUCUCUCAAAGUUGUAUGGACGGAAAAGACAUCAUGAUGCUAUAUUUCCUGCGAAAGAACAUGAGAAUAUCAAGUUAGUAGCCUCCAAAGGAUCGACAUACUUUUGUGCUAAGGAACUGACAAAAGAUCAUCACCCAGAUAGAGAUGAUGAACGAACUCGAGUGGAAGCUGCUGGUGGUUAUGUUAUAGAGUGGGGUGGUGUGCCUCGAGUCAAUGGUGAGCUGGCUAUAUCUCGAGCCAUUGGUGACGUGUCCUUUAAAAGUUAUGGUGUUAUAUCUGUACCAGAGGUGACGGAUUGGCAACCUCUAACUAGCAAUGAUAGCUAUCUGGUGGCUGCAACUGAUGGGGUCUUUGAGAAAAUGACCGUGCAGGAUAUCUGUGAUCUAAUAUGGGAUGUACACAUUCAAGACAGGGAAAAAUCAGAACCCUUUUGUACCAACACAAAAUUGUUGGCUGAUUGCAUUGUAAAUACUGCUUUUGAGAGAGGCAGCAUGGACAAUGUUGCUGCUGUUGUGGUUCCCUUGGCAUCUGAUGAUAUUUCCAGGACUCAAUUGAGGGAAAGUUGUGAUCUAGAUGGAAGUGUUGAUUCUUCAGCUCGUGGAAUGCAGAAGCUAAUUGAUAUGAAUUCAGGUUUCCUUUCUUGGCCAGUUUCUACUAAUGAUGCCAUCAGUUCUGGCCUUAUACCAAUGGAAUUUGUUCACAAGACUAUGGCAACUUUCAAGAGAUUAUUGGUUGAAGGGCCAAAGAAAAAAAUUGGUUGCUUUUAUUUAUCCGAGAAUCUUAAUGAAAACAUUGAUUAUGUUUUUCAUGCGCAAAGGGAUGAUAUGAAAAAUGACGUUUAUGAUCUACCACAAGCUUUACCUAAUGGCCUUGGGCACCAUCAUAGUGGAGGAUCUUUAGGUCUAUACAAUGAUAAAAAUUUGUGUUUGCACUUUGGGAUGGAUAUUGAAGGUGCCAAAGGCCAGUGCAUGAACCCCGACGGCUUUGCUAGUUUUCUUGGUUUGCUUGAAUCGAUCCCUUUCAACGAUACAGUUUUCAAUUCUUCAGCAUCAUUUGGAUACGACUCACCUGAUUCUAGGUAUAUACUAAAAAGAAGGUUUGAUCGUGGAUCGUAUGGUGAAGUUUAUUUGGCGUUUCACUGGAAUUGUUCUCAAGAGGGUGAUACCUUGAAUCGGAUGAACAAAACUAAAACUUGCUCUGUUAAUAGUCUACAUGUUGAUCCAUGUGAUACAAGUUCACAAGCUAAUUCAUCUAGUCAGCAUUGUUUUACUGAUUCCGACAGCGAGGAUUUAUUCAUUCUAAAGCGCAUUAUGGUGGAGAGAGGGAUAACUGUGUACUUAAGUGGUUUACGGGAGAAGCACUUUGGAGAACUUUUCUUAAAUGCUUCUCUAUCCUUUGGUGGUUUGAUAUCGGAAAGGUUAUCAAAAUCCUUCUCAAGUGAAGAUCAAUUUGACCCCUCUUGCCUAUUACAAAUGAACAAAUCUGUGUUAAAUGAGAAAGAAAAUAUAUUUUCAAGUAACUUCAAAAUGCUGACGAGUGAUCAUGAAGAAGGCUUGAUGCAUAUUGCUAGAUUUGUAGAAUCAUUUGAGUCUCAAUCAAAGGAGAUAUGGCUUGUUUUUCGAAAUGAAGGAUUGUCAUUGUCGAAGGUGAUGUAUUCAACGGGAGUAACAAAAACAGUCAUUGGUGGAGAGAAACAUGGCCAAACAAAAAGUGUUCAGGUACUGCAUCCAUCUACUUGGUGGCAUUGGUUAAAGACGACAGAUGGUGGAAAAAUGGAAAUGCGUAACCUUAUAUGGCAGUUGCUGAUGGCUCUCAAAUCAUGUCAUGAUCGCAACAUCAUCCACAGGGACAUUAAACCUGAGAAUAUGGUGAUAUGCUUUGAAGAUGGGGACAUGGGAAGAUGCUUAAGAGGAAGCCCUAGUGGAGAGAAACAAUACCACAUUAACAUGCGCAUAAUUGACUUUGGUAGUGCAAUUGAUGAGUUCACUGUCAAGCAUCUAUAUGGAUCUAAUGGACCCUCUAGAUCUGAGCAAACUUUUGAAUAUACACCUCCGGAAGCUCUUCUAAAUGCCAGUUGGUUCCAGGGACCAACAAGUGUAACUUUGAAAUAUGAUAUGUGGAGUGUGGGUGUUGUCAUGUUGGAGUUGAUCUUAGGAUCACCACAUGUUUUCCAAAUAAGUGCUCGAACCCGUGCUCUUCUGGAUCAACAUCUUGAGGGUUGGAGUGAAAGCACAAAGGACCUGGCCUAUAAAUUAAGAUCACUUAUGGAAAUGUGCAUUUUGAUCCCUGGAAGUUCUCCACAGCAUCAUAGUAGUGGGAUGAAGGACCAAGCUAAGGCUUGGCUGGCUUCCUGGAAAUGCUCUGAAGAGUUUUUUUCACAACUAGUAAAGAACCGAGAUCCUCUUAAAAUUGGGUUUCCAAAUGUGUGGGCUUUGCGGUUAGUUCGACAGCUGUUACAAUGGCAUCCUGAGGAUCGUUUAAGUGUUGAUGAAGCUCUUCGGCAUCCUUAUUUUCAACUACAUCCCCAAGCAUGAUACCAUUCAGGAAGAUCAAAUAUGCCAAGUUGCCAACCUAAAACUCUUUGCGAUUGUCAACAUGGUAUUACCUAUAUUCUUUCUCGUAACUUUCAGGGUUAUGUUGUACAGUAAUGGAAGGCAAGACUUGUUUCCCAAUGAAUAGUUGCAACUUUUAUUUAAUGAAUUAGAUUGUCUAGUUCCAACCUUGUACUUCGGACAUUCGAGUUUUUAAAAUCUUCUGAAGCAUCCUUUACAGCCAGGA